UCAGCAGCAGGUAAACAAACCUAUCUCACAGGGAAACAAAGCGUCUGCGCUGCUUUUGCUUUGUUGCAUUCGUAAUGAUGAAAAGGAUGACAGUAGAAUUAGAUAUGCCUUUUCUUGUCACAGGUUAAUUACAAUUAGAAAAAAAGCGGAAUUGCGUUUGAGCAGCGACGUAGCGUCGAAGACCAAAACAGUACUUCGUGUGUUAAACCUGCAGCAGAAGAGGAGAGGCUGGUGUCUUCACAUGAUGCAUUGCAGCACCUCGGAGAAAAUGGGUUAUUUUAGCCGUAUUCUCAGACUAGACCGUCUGAUUAGAGAUGUCGGCUGGCUUCUUUAGCUACCGUGCAAGACAAGAUCCGUGCUGGACUCCAGACGCAGCGUCCCAUGUGGUGCAACAUGGGCCCCAUCAUGCAGGAGCGCACGGCUUCCACAACACUGAAGCGCGUCGUUUCCAAGGAGAAGAUACGAGUUAAGAAUACCGAAAAUAGCGGGUCACUUACCAGCUCAAAGAAAUGUAACAAGACCACGAAAGCAAUGAGCCAAAUGAAAAAUGGUCUCCCGGGACCAGAUAAGGAUAAGGACACAGCAGCCCUACAGAGGAGUGCUCAGUCUAAAGGUGGCAGGAUGAAGUCAGGUGCGUCUCAAAAUGCAAGCAAACUCUCGAGCCCUGAAGCAGAAGUUGAGUUUAGGCCUCAACUUCGCAAGCAGUCAUCUGCGCACAGGAAAGAGGAGAAACGAGAAAAUCAGCGGCUGUCGCCGUGCGGCACCGAGCUCCUCCCGAAUCGCCAGGGGAUGGGAAAAAAUCGUCGAGCGCUCUCUCUGCCUAUUUCUCCAAUAUCAGGGCUACGGAUGUCGUCAUCCCACCCGCUAAUGCAUUCUCCAGCUCCGACCCCAGAAGCACUGCAGCAGCACUACAACAACAAGGAGGACGACUCUGACAGCGCUAGCGAUCUGUCAGACUCUGAGCGGCUGCCCGUUUUGCCCUCGCCGUGCACCCCGUGCACGCCGCCCCACCUCAACCUGCGGGCAGAGAUCAUUAACACUAAUGACUUCCUCCCAGAUAUUCCAGGACCCCAUGGGAUGGCAGGGGACGAAGAAGAGAGUGAGAAACCCGCAUACACAUACUCUGAUUUCCUGCCUCCUCCCUUCAACUGCUGGAGCCUGAGACAGCUGGCGGUGUUUCUUCACACAGAGGGUCGCGGCGCCCCCCGACCCAAGCCUGUGGGGCCCUUAGAGAAGUACCUGGAGAGGCUGCUGCAGCUGGAGUGGCUUCAAAUCCAAACGGUGCAAGCAGAGAGCAGCCGCCCCCCUGGGGGUCGCACAAGACCGCAGAGCUUCCCUUCUUCCACGGCCGCGCUCUCGGCCAGACCUCACACCGCGCCAUCUUCCCGACUCAACUCCCCCAAAGGGCUGCGGCACGGCUCGCGAGCCUUCCCUUUCACACCUGUUAACAACCCGCCGUCGCCUGCCUCAGCCCAGCAACAGCUCUCCCGCUUUCCAGUGUGUCCGCACUGUCACAUGCGCUACCCUCUCUGCAACGGAAGCUGCUCUGCCUACGCCUACCAGCACCACUCGCGGCUCAGCCCAUUGCUUGAGCGCAGGGCGCGCCCAGGAGCGGCGGCGAAGCGGAGCAGCAGCGAGACCCGAGCCGCCUCCUCUGAAGGUAGGAGCCCUGGAGCACAAGGCGGAGGGGCAGGGGCCCGAACACCAGUUAGCCCCUCAGCUGGGAGGAGUCAUCUCAGGCACAUGCAGGCUGCGGGCAACGCCCGGAAACAACCCCAGGAACCCGGCACUAACCAAAAGGGCAGAGGGCAGGUGAGGAAAAGCCGCGUCAGAGCCAACUCCGAGACAGAUGUGAAGAAGGAGCCCAGUGGGGUCAAAGGCACGGCCGCCGAGAAACGGGGACAUCCUGGAAGCAAGAGAGAGCUCAUCGCUUCCAAGAGAGACGAGAGGGACUGUCAGAAGGCCGAGGCGGGAAGUCAGGCCUCUAAAACUGCCACGAAAAGAGCUGCUAAAGACCCAGCGAAUCUCUCCAAAGCUCCACCUAGCAGCCACAGCAUUCCUAAACAAAAUGGCAAAACAAAAAAUGUGCACUUUGUUGCUAAGUAACCCCUAUAGGCCUGAAGUAUAUUGCUUUAGAUAGUGGUUACUUGGU